AUGCCUUACUGUUUUCUUUUUCUUUAUUGCUGUUGUCGAUGUUUAUUUUUAGAAAAAGUUACUACACCGAUAAAACUUGAUGAAUUGGCUAUGUUAGUGGCAAAGUCUUCUAAUCAUAAAUCUACUGAUGAAGAAGAUGACAAUACAGUCAAUACAAAACAUGAAUCUGAUGCAAAUAAAGUAUUGCCUGCCAUGGAUGAUAUCUCGAUAGUUGACGAUUCAACAACUCGUUUAUCAACUGUUGUUAUAUUAGUAUUAGUGUUAUUAUGUUGUUUUCUUGGUCUACUAGCCGGUGUUGCUUGUUUCUCUGUCACAUGGAUACAUCGUAAACGACAUGAUUUAGAAAGAGAAAAACAUCAAAUUCAUAAAAAAACCUUAUUAAUUCGUGGUGAAGAUGCUUUGAAUGUUUAUACUACAACUGGUCUACAUGGUAAUAGUAAUGCUGUCAAUCCUAUCGGAAGUGGUGGAGGUUAUACAACAGUUCGACCAAAUAUGUAUCCAUUUCUCUUAUCAUCUACAGUGAAACCAGAGAUUGGAGUUUCCACUGUUUUACCCAAUGGUGGAUUACAGUCAUAUCAUCAAAUUGUUGUUUCAUCCAACACUAGUACAGAAUCUCCGAAUAGUAUUUUAAAUGACAAGAAUUCCAGUCAACAAUAUUUACAAUCAAAUAUUGGUAGAAUUAUUGGACAACAACAACAACAACAAUUGAAUACAAUAGUGAAUUGUUUAUCAGAUGGCGGUGAUACGAUUGAUCCAAAUGACGGUGUUACAUCUGAAACUGAAGCAUUCUGUGAUAAAAUGAAUAAACAUGAUCAUGUUCAUGAUCGUGAUCACAACUACCAGCAUCAUCAUUAUCCGAUUCGAAAGCAACAACAGUCAUCAUCAUCAUCACCAUCAUCUGUGUUGUCCUCAUUGUUAUGCCUAUCAAAGAUAAAGAAACAUCGUUCUAGACAAAGUUCAAUCAGAAUAAAUCAGAAUAAUAGAAUAAUUUCACAACUUGAUCAUACACCUAAUAAUAAUAUACAUGGUAAUGUUAAUUCUAAAGAAACUGGACAUAUGAUAGCUGCUACUGCUGCUGCAAAUACUACUACUCCUCCCACUACUACUACUACUAAUACUAAUAAUAAUAAUAAUAAUCAUGCAGAAUUUUUAAAUCCUGUAAAUAAUUUCUCUGGUAUUGCUCAAUUAGACAAAAGUCAAUCUGGUCAUAAUUUAGGCUUACGUUCAACAGAUCUUUUGAAUGCUCAUUUACGAGGACAGACAUCUGUACAAGCGGCAAAUGGAUUACUUCAAAUUGAUUUGUCUCGAGGUCAUCCAUCAAUGUUAAUUAAUGGUCGACCAUUGAUGAGAAUAUCCGCUUCAUCUAAUCCUUCAGAUGUAACUGAUAAUUCUUGGCUUUUACAAACUGGUUAUCGUAAUAACAAUGCAGUUUGUUGUGCUUCUUCAAUUGGUAUGAACUUAUUAAAUUCAGAACCUGGUGUUUAUACAACAGUUGGUGGAGCUGAAUCAGAUGUAGAUAGUAAUGGAGCAAGUACAAUGAGUCCAGAGUAUGCAUCUACAAGUAUGUUGCAUGAUUAUCCUAUGUUAGCUGCAACACUAGCUCAAUUGAAUCAACAACGUUUGGCCGCUGCUAGUUUAACACAGCCCAGUUUAUAUCCUUGUUCUAAUCCACUUAACAAUGAUGGAUUAUCAUCAAAUUGCUCUGUUAAUUUCAAUGUGUUGUCAAAUCCUCCAUUGAAUACGCCGUUUGACAGUAGUAAUAAUAAUAUUAAUAAUCAUUCUAGUGCCUAUGGUAAUCACCAUCAAAAUCAUUUUCUUACAUCAGCAAAUUCAAUUCAACAGCCAUUAUUAUUCACAAAUCCUCAUUCAAUGCAUGAUAUGAUGAGGAUGAUGAUGUUGACAAGUGCAACAACAACGGCAUUAACAACGACAACAUCAUCAGUUUCAAAAUUAUCAAAUGGUAUACCUAGUUCACAUAAUGCGCCAUUUACUGAAACAAAUAAUAACAAUAAUAAUCAUCAUCAAUAUUACGGCGGCAGUGAAAGUGAUAUUCUUCAAAAUAUAUUUCAACAGACUACUUAUCAAGCACAUAAUCCACAAAUAUAUGAUACGUAUAAUUUACCAACACCUUCAGCACCAAUCUAUUAUUCUACUACACAUCAAAUGAUUCCAUCCACUAUGGGACAAUAUUUCCCAUGUAGUAGCAGUAGUAGUAUUACUUCAACACAAUCUACAACAUCUUCAUCAUCGGGAAUCCCAUCUCAUUCAGUGCUAUCGUCGUCGUCAGCAUCAUCAUCAUCAAUAUCAUGUACAAAGAAUAGUAAUAAUGCUGCAAAUACUAAUCCUACUAGCACUACCACUACUGUAAAUGGUAAUGCUACAUUACUUGGAAGAGGAGCUCAUAUGAACAAUGAAUAUAAAGGUUCGAAACGCCAUGAUAUUGUCGAUGUUAAACAAUCACAUAAACGAUCAGAUGUGAAUAAAUUCGAUUUCAAUGUGAAAUCAACACGAACAACAAAUACUGGUUUGUCAAAAUCUAAUUAUCAAGUUUCUAAUCAUAAUCCAUGGAUUAAAGCAUCCAAUUCACAAUGUUAUGAUGAACUAGAAGAAAUACAAAGAGGACAACGACAACAACAACACCAACAACAACCUAAUCCGUCCCUGUUACUGCCACCAACACCGUCUAGUCCUCCACCAAUUUUACCACAGUCAUCAACAAAAACACCAUUGAAACAUCAUUAAACUCAUAUUGAUAGGCUGAAGAGGAUAGAAUUUCAAUUAGCCUUCAUUAAUCAAAGAGGAUUGUUUCAAUGAACAGAGAGACAGAGAGUAUAAUUGUAACUAUUCCUUCAUGCACACACACAUAUAUAUACAUAUAUAUACGCUUGUAAAUAAAAUAAAACUGAACAUUCUACAUUGAUUUUAUGCAUAAUAAUUAAAGUAUAUAUAAAUUUACACAUUCAAAUAUCAUUUAUUAAUUCAUUCAAUAGAAUGAAAUGAAAAACUCUCAAUUGCCCAGAUAAUUCUUACCGGUGGCAUGUACACUUAUUAUUAAUAAUUGAAUUUCUUUUUUGUUUCUUUUUCUUUCAAUCUUACAAUUUUCCAAUUGAAAUUUGUCUUUCUGCUAAAUUGGUCUGGUUAUAUUUAGUUAGUAUGAAAAUUAAAUGCUGUCAUUGAACUUUGAAUCAACGUUGUAUACACAGUGGAAUAUGCAAAUAGGUUCUUUUUUUUAUUAAUGGAACCAAUAAGUGAAGUGAUAUUUUUGAUUUGUAGUUGGAUUUUUUUUUUUUUGGAAUUCAUUUCUUCAGCUUCUUAUUUUUACUAAUAAAAAAUAUACUACUAACAAAAGUACUAAUAAUAAGUCACUGAAAGCGUAUCGAUUAUUCUCGUAAACUUGCUUUACUUUCACUCUACACUUCUGGUUUAUUUAAUUCUUAUCCUAUAUACACUGUUGUGGCAAAUUUAAGAAUUUCCGUUACAUCAAACUUCCGUUUUUUUUUCACCAUCAUGUAACAACAUACACAGAUUGAGGAAUGAUAUCGAUCGACAUAUAAUGAACUCGAAUUCCACUCCAUUAAAAUGUUUGUUUUUUCUCAUUUGAUUUAAACUUUUUCAGAUGGAUGAUAACCCAGGGGUUAGCAUUUCUGAUGAAUUACAAAGUCUUCCAUAUUGUUACUUCUACCUCUUUGAAACUAGUUCACUUAUUCUUUUACUCAUUAUAUAUAUAUACAAAUAUAUACAUAUAUGUCAAUUAAUUCAGUUGUCUUUGUUUCAAUGAAUUAAUUGUACUGUAAAUUAUUUUUUGUUUGUCAACAAAAUUCAACUACAACUUAUUCGUUUCAAUGAUCAAUUGUUCAAUUGUUCAUUUAUUGUUCAAUAUAAACUAGAGAUAUUUAUACUAAAUUUUCAGAUACAUAUCCCAUUAUUAUAUAUACAUAUACAUGCAUAUAUAUGUAUAUGUGCAUGUAUAAUUUGUAUACGUCUAUGAUGUGUACACAAUAAAGCCAACGGUAAAGACAGAACAGAACGGAAAGCAACUCUUAUUUACUCUUGCUAUACGCCUCUUUGAACUAUCACAAAUUCAAUCGCAUACAUUGAAUUGUAUUCCAUUAUUAUAAUUAGAUGGAAUAAAAUAAAUAUAAUUAACCUUUUUAAUUUGAACAAGACUGUUUUUUGCUUUGUUCUUUGCAUGUUUAUUAUUAUUAUGAUUAUUUUUUUUAUAAAAAAAA